AUGUCAAUCUAUUCAUCUACCCUCCUCGAUUUCUUUUCACGGAACUUCUUAACUAAGCCAUCGCCGGAGGCCACUGCACCCAAGCCCUCAUCAUACGAUGUCAUCCACGCCGGCGAGCACACGUUAAAGGUUGCGGUGCACUCCAUGCUCAAAGAAGGCGAUACCAUGCUCACGUCCGGGCCCUUCAGCGUCGGCGGUCACGACUGGGCUAUCGCCUACUUUCCAAACGGCGACUCCAGGAUUGUCGACGGGCAGUUCACGUCUGUUUUUCUCAAGUUGCUGAGUGCCAGCGAGGACGAGGUCACGGCGACCUACACCUUCAGUCUCCAGGAUCCUGCAUGGUCUGUGACCGGAGAGAAGAACAAACGCGGACCCGCCACCGCGAAGUUCUCGUCCAACCAGCUAGGUUGGGGUACUCCUAAGUUUGUUAGUAAAGCCGCUCUGACCGCGUCCGGGUGCCUCAAGGAUGAUUGCCUGGUGAUCAAGUGCACCGUCAAGAUUCGUUGUCGUGUGCCACCCUCCGAUCUCCACAGCCUUCUUGAUAGCGAGCUCAAGCCGGACAAGACUGUUAAGAUCGGUUGGUUCAAGAGAUUCAAGGUGCAUGGGCGCGUGCUCGCUUCACAGUCUCCGGUCUUUCGUGCCCUGGUGGAGAGCAAGAGAAACUGCAUCCGCGUUGACGAUAUGGAUGUCAACGUCUUCGAGGUACUGCUGCACUACGUGUACAAUGAGACUCUGCCCGACUUCAUGGAGGAGACCACGGAACAUGCUUUAAACAUGGCGCGGCAUUUGCUUGUCGCCGCUGAUCGGUACGAGAUAGGGAGGCUAAAACUCAUAUGCGAGAGCAAGCUUAGCAAGGCUAUAGAUGUCAACACAGUGGGGUUAACUUUGGAUCUUGCAGAGAAACAUAGUUGCCAGCAGCUCAAGGCUUGCUGUCUCAAGUACAUGCUAAGAGAUCAUCUCAGCUAG